CUCUUGAUUAAGUUAAAUUUUGAAAAUAUAUCAGGUUUUGCAAGUGAUCUCAAACUUUUUUUGAUGUGUGUAUGUUGAUUAAAUUUCAGUAUAAUUAUCUUUUUUUCCUAAGCAUAAUGAAUUUUGAACAAUAGGAAAAAUUACAGAAAAGUACCUAUUUGAAAACGAAUGGAAAUCUUUUUAUUAUUUUUCUUUUCUUUUAACGCAAUUUUUCCAUUACCCAUCACUAUUUGUGUGUAUCGUCGGCUAGCGGCUAGCAGCGAGCGAGCGUGAGCGGCGGGCGGGCAGAGACGCGGCCGACCUACGCGCCGCGCCAUCCGCUAUCCUCAUUCACUGUUCACUCAGUCUGUGCAUGAGCCUCUCGUGGAGCGCUCGCUCAUCUGAGCGCCACCAUGACGCGCUCCGCGUUUCUGGUGUUGUUAGCAUCGUGCUCUCUAACUCUGGCCGAACAUAACUAUGGCAUCUGCAAUGUCGAAGGUUGCGAGUGCACACCGGCUGCACACCCAUUCUGGAUGAUGAUUAACUGCACGCUGCCAUCGAAUCAGAAGUUGAAUAUUCUGGAAGGUGACUUGCCGGAGAUGACUUCGGACUUGCUGCUGGAAGGGUGUGAGGCGAUCACGUUGGGUGCCAACUCACUGUCGCGGCUCAAAGAUCUGCGGCGAGUGCGCCUGUCGGGCGCGCAGCUCGUGGUGCUACGCCGCGGCACCGCCACCAAUCUCAAUGUCGUUAAUGCCUUCCUCGAGAUCGACAACUGCCAUGAACUCAGGAUUGAAGAAAAAACGUUCAGCAACAUCAGAGGCCCGCUGACAGUUACUAUUAAUAAUUGCGAUUACGUGUCGAUGGAAGGCGACGCUUUCUCCUGGCUCCUGAAGAUCAGCAUCAGCAACGCCCAGAACCUGAGCUUAAGCACUGGCACUUUCACCUUAGACCCCACCGCUGCCAACGUAGGGGAGCAUGGUCCAGGCAUGUCGAUCGAACUGAGGAAUGCCACGGUACCCGAAUUUCCAGCAAAUACAUUCGGCUCGUCGGCAGCUGAAAUAUUGAUGGACUCAGUGGUGAUAGGCGCUGUACGAGCCUUUGCCUUCUCAGCCAAUACCUACAACGUUGUCAAGGCUACCGACUGCUCAUUUGAUUACAUCGAAGGAGAAGCUUUUGCCCAGAAUUCUCUGAUAAAUAGUUUACAAUUCCACGGUUGUAAAUUACACCAUCUGCGCUCUAAGGCGCUGCAGUCUGCUGUCACAAAACUUGAUAUAGCUAAUAGCAGAUUUGAUUUCAUCGAACCUGGAGCCAUCAAUGCGACAGUUGCGUCGGUGAGAAUUGCAGAUAGCGAAUUUCACACAUUCAUGGCAAGGGGCUUCGAAUUAUCGUCAUGGAAUAAAUUGUAUAUGGGACACAACAAAUUUGACUCAAUGGCAGCAAAUGCCAUAAUUGCUCCUACUAAUAUAGUACACGAAUUAUUUUUCGUGGAAAAUGAAAUAGAAAGCGUAGCCACAAAUAGUCUGGGAUUUAUAGGACAAGUUUAUAGUAGCCGAUAUGCUGUAAACGUGGUCUACAAAAACAAUUAUUAUGGAGUUCCGUGCCAUUGUAACAUAAGCUUAUGGCUUGCUGAAGCUAUGGGAUCUCCGAAUGGAGAACCCUAUGAGACGGAGAGCUAUUGUACUGUAGAUGAAUUUUUUGCUCGAUGCUUUAAUGAACCAGAGCAAAAUCUUCUUUUCAAAAAAUUUACCGAUGUAGUAUGCAGUAGUGAAUUAAGCAUUCAAUGUGAAAAGUAUAAAACAAAGACAGGAGGAAAACCAACAGAAAUAAAAAAUCCAAGAUUUCCUCAUAAGAAAGAAGAAGAAUCUUUAUCAGAUAAAGAUAAAAAAGUCAUUGGAAUUGUCAUAGUCACUGCUUUAGGAUGUGUCAUUAUAGUUAUGUUCAUAAGCUUCAUCCGUUGUAUGAAACGGCGAGGAUACUGUACGAAUAUUAAGAUUUUUUUAAUGUCAUCAAACUCUACGUGUGGUUCACUUUGUGAGAGAUUGUGUGUUUGUGGGAGAAAUAAUGGACUGGAUAACGCACUUUCUAUAUCCCGAUUUUCAGUUAAUGAAUAUUCGGAACGUAGAUGUCUGAACGAACCACGUGUUCAAGAGAUUCCUCUUGUAUUAACCGCGCCACCUGUGUAUUCUGAAGAAGUCGCUACACCGAUGGAUGACAAGGCUACACAGACUCUGCCCGAAGAAUUAACAAAAGAGCUACUAGAAAAUUUAAAAGAAAAGCUUGAAGAUCCUGAGAAUUAUGUGGAGGCUCGCGAAAUGAUAGAACAUCUAUAUGAACUUAUUAAGGUUGAAGAAAGCUGCAACACCAAUAAUUUAACCGUCUCAAAAGCCGAAGAAAAUAUUUAUGAUUUACCAUUCCAAAAUACUACACCACGAAUUGGGAAGAACAAGAAGCAAAUGAUAAGCAUUGGAACAAAGACACCGUCUUUGGAUAAACUGGCACCUCUCUCACCGUAUAAUAGACAGACCGCAUUAGCUCAUGAGUACUUCGAACCUAAGGAUUUUGCUGUGCAUUUAUAUGCAGAAAUAGCUAACUGUGAUAAAGAAAAGCGAUCUCUGCUUGGAAAUAUUCCUGACAUCGUCGAGCAAGUCGUACCCAGGGGACCCUAUCUACGCGCCAUCCACGCGAAGAACUCCAGCCCCGGUUCUUCUCCUCAAUCAUCAUCAUCUAAAUCACCGUCGUCUAAAUCAUUCAGCAGUAUUUCAAAGACUCCGAUUUCAAGCCCCACGAACAGCUUCGCUACUAGCCCAUUGCUGAGUCCUUCAACUAGUUCCGGUUCUUCUGGGAAAAUGGUCAAUCGCCCUUUGCCAGAAAAACCAGUCAAUUUGGAUGCGGGAGAGGGUACUUCAGCUGCUAUGGCAUUCCAAGUGUAAGGAUGAAGAUCGGUGUCUCGGUCUCGCAGCCGCGCGUCGUUGCAGAUGGCUGCUUGCCGCCGCCGGCGCUGCCACACGCCGCACCGGCCGGCGCGCUGAGGUUCGAAGGAUGGCUAAAUGUCUAGAUUGUGAUCGUGACGUUAUUCGAUUAAUUUGCUGUGAUAUUAAUUUUGAUUAUUUUUAUCUUAAUCUUUUGUAUGAGUGUGUCAUGCCAGACACUUAUUUUUAAGGUUUAUUUGUAAAUAUUUUGAAUAAUUUUAGAGGCCACAUAGGCGUACCCGUGCCACAUUUGUGUAAUUUAAUGCUUCUUAUAUUAGUGCUCUAUGUUGUUCAAUACAUAAAAAUGUUAUUAAAACUAAAUAUAUCAUGCAUGACUUAACAGUCACUGUAUCUAACUCCUAAAUAGUGAUGACCGUUGAAAUUGAAAGCUUAAAUCUGCAUCUAAAAGACUGCUUGUGUUAUGCUUUUUAUUCCGUAUUAAUAAAAUAUUCAGUUGAACUCGACUGUAUAAUUAAAUUGACACUAUUUUAACUUAGAAUUUCAGUCACUUUUGGAAAUAUUACUAUUUUCGUCCUUGAGGUUAGUGAUUAUUUAAUUAUAUCUUUCUAUUGACUAAAUAUUUGGUCAAUUCACCUACCUGUAUUGUAGGUUUACCAGAUCGAAUAAAGAUUAUGUUAGAUCUUACAAAUAAAAUAUAAUAUUUGUUAUCUAUUUAAAAGGUCCUUUACUAAUCUAUCGCUCAAGGGGCAAUUAGUUUGUGUUAAGAAACCUAUUAAUUUUUCUACUGCCAUCUCAUAGUAUUGUUAUGACUAUGUGGUUGAUUAUUAAUUAAAAUACUAAAGCGUGUUAUUAUCUCUCAAUCAGACAAAGAAAAUGUUUAUGAUCGAUUAUUACUUUGUUUCGAAAACAAAAACCUGUACCUUUGAAAAGUACCUACCUAGCAUACGUGUACUGACUUAAAUUGCAAAUUGGCAGUGCUCAGGAAAUUAAAAUUUUAUUAAUGAAAUCAAUAAAAAUAAGUGAUUUCCAAAUCCUUGCCAUUAAUUAUGCAGAAAUGUACUAAUACAGAUUAAGUGGUAGGAUUUCAGAUUUUUUAACUGAAUUUUAAAGUACAAUAAAGAAUGACAUGACAGCGUUUAUCUGUUAAAGUACAUGUGCAUAGGUAUUAAUGGCUACUUAUAGUUGAUAUAAGUUAAUUAUUAAAUUGAUGUUGAAAUUAUUUAUGCAUCCCUAUUAUAAAACGAUGACU